CUGUGCCGGUUCCUGCCGGGACCUGAAUUCGCUCCCCAGGGCAGCAGGACAACACAGGCCAGGGCUCGCCUUGGUCUUGUCCCAAAAUUUCAUGAUUUCUACCCAAUAUCACAAGAUACAUUAACUUUUUAAGGCGUGCAAAGCCCAGAAUUCCACCAGCCGCUGCUCCACCUCUCAUCCCUACCAGAUUUGGCAGCCGAUCAGAGCUGCACCAUCCCAAAAACCUGUCGGGAGGCUGUGGGCUGGCUGUGGCUGGGUCUGUACUUAUCCCAUUAGGACACAAGCAGCCUCCCAUUACGGUUUCCCAGAGCGGUUUACCCGUCUGGCCACACCGGGUGUGAGGUCCCUGCUGGGACGUUGGUGGGCAGCACAGGCCCUUUGUAGCUGCAUCACUGGAGAGCAUGCCCAGCUGUGCCGUGCAGCCUCCCAUCUCUCCAGUUUGGCAGCUUCAUCUCCUGUUCCAAAGCUGUUCCUGCCUCGCUGGCAGUGGAUCUGUGCCUUAGCCCUCACUGGAACAGUUGAGGUGCAGUUGGUUUUCCCCUAUCACAGCUCCGGGGAUGGUCUUGGAGGCCCACAGACGAUGUCAUGUGGGUGACCUGAUGAGGAUGACAUCAUCCAGAUAGCAUGUAGACCGUUGUUGCCUCUGGUGUGCUGGCAGAGGUGUCUGGGCCAGGCUGGGGCAAGCUUGCUGGUGGCUGUGGUCCUUGCUGGAGACCUCACUGAUUCUUCACGGGAGGACCCUGUUGGGGCCAUCACCAGAGACCUCUUUGUAGGGUCCUCACCGAUGUCUUUGUUGGAGACCUGGCUGUGGCCAUCAUUUGGCUCUUUGCUGGAGUCAUCACCAGGGAACUCACUGGGGACGUUGCCAGUCCUCACUGGGGAGCAACAUGGUCGGGUAGAAGGUGUCCCUGCCCAUGACAAGGGGUGAGACUGAAUGAUCUUUAAGGUCCCUUCCAACCCAAGCCAGUCUUAUGAUUCCAUGAUUCUGUGACAUGUCCGGAGUCCACACCAGUGACCUCGUCACUCAGUGUGCCACCCCUCAAAUCCCCCAGGGGUCACCUGACCCCCCCUGUUUCCCACAGGUCCCUUGGCUGGUGAUGGCCAUGUCCUAGGGGAGACCCACCAUGAGCCAGAGCGGGGCCUCGCGCCUGGCGGGCUCGCCUCCGCUGCCGGGGGGCUCACUGCUGGCGCUACUGGCCCCUGAGCCCUCCCCGUCCCCCCCCAGCGGGACACCCUCACCAGGACCCCCCCCGGCACUGCUGGAAGGGGACUGGGAAGGGCGGGAGGAGCUGCGACUGCGGGAGCUGGAGGAGGCGCGGGCGCGUGCGGCGCAGAUGGAGAAGACGAUGAGGUGGUGGUCGGACUGCACGGCCAACUGGAGGGAGAAAUGGAGCAAGGUGCGAGCUGAGCGCAACCGGGCCCGCGAGGAGGUGCGGCAGCUGCGGCAUCGCCUGGAGGCCCUCACCAAGGAGCUGGCCAACCUGCGCCGCGACCGCGACCACAGCCGUGACCACGACCACAACCGUGAACGUGACUGCGACCGGCUGCAUGGGGAGGAGGGAGAGGCUGACCCAGAGCAUGAGCCCGUGCGGGAUGUGGGGGCCGAGGUGCCCCCGAAAGCCAAGGAGCUGGAGCUGAUGGAAAACAUCUUGGCAAGCAAGCAGGAGGAGAGCUGGGAGCAGCGGAGCAGCCGGGCCUCCUUCACCCGGCAGGAGCGGAGCCGCCUGCUCUGGGAGGAUGUCAGCAUCAUGGAGGAGGAUGCCACCAAAGUCACUGCCCUCAAGUUGAGGCUGGAUGAGUCCCAGAAAGUGCUGCUCAAGGAGCGGGAGGACAAGCUGGCACUCAGCAAGAGCAUUGAGAAGCUGGAGGGCGAGCUCAGCCAGUGGAAGAUCAAGUAUGAGGAGCUCAGCAAGAACAAGCAGGAGAUGUUGAAGCAGCUCAACAUCCUGAAGGAGAUCCACCAGGACGAGCUGGGGCGCAUCUCCGAGGACCUGGAGGAUGAGCUGGGUGCUCGCACCAGCAUGGACAAGAAACUGGCUGAGCUGCGAGCAGAGAUGGAGCGGCUGCAGGCAGAGAAUGCGGCUGAGUGGGGCCGGCGGGAGCGACUGGAGACGGAGAAGCUCAACUUGGAGAGGGAGAACAAGAAGCUGCGGGCGCAGAUCGAGGACCUGGAGGAGAUGCUGGCUCGCAAGCGGCGCCAGACUGCCAGCGCCCUGGACACCGACCUCAGAACCAUUCAGGCCGAGCUCUUUGAGAAGAACAAGGAGCUGGCUGACCUGAAGCAUGUCCACACCAAGCUGAAGAAGCAGUACCAGGAGAAGACAGCUGAGCUGGCCCAUGCCAGCCGCCGUGUGGAGCAGCAUGAGGGUGAGGUGAAGAAGCUGCGCCUGAGGGUGGAGGAGCUCAAGAAAGAGCUGGCCCAAGCUGAGGACGAGCUGGAUGAGGCCCACAACCAGACGCGGAAGCUGCAGCGGUCACUGGAUGAGCAGACGGAGCAGAGUGAGAGCUUCCAAGUGCAGCUGGAGCAUCUGCAGUCACGCUCCCCCUUGGCAGGCUCCGGCGGCAGCAGAGCACCCCACUCUUUGGCAAGAUGCGCAGCACCCGCUUUGGCCCUGACGACACCGGAGACGGCACCAGCGACCCCGAUGAGGAUGAGGAUCUGCAGAUCCAGGUGCCCUAGAGCCCUGAGUCACCACCACAGGGAUGUCCCAUGGUGGGCCUUUGCCCACAACCACCUGUCAUUGGGUGGUGACCCUCAUAUAUAUGGGGAAACAGAGGCGUGGGGAAGGCUUUGCCCAGGGAUGCUACAAGCCUGCUGCCUCUUAAGAAGUAUCCAUUGCCCCUUGGCCACCAGCAUUUCAUGGGACACAAAUGUGGCCACCAAAGGCAGCAUCCCUGAGCAGCCCAGAAAGAGAAACUGCAGGGCAGAGAGGGGCACCUAGCCCCGUUGCAAGCCACGCUCUCCUGCCCACAUUUUCUAUGUGUAUUAUACGUAUGUAUGUAUUUGUAUAUGAUUUUUUUUUACCAAAAAUACAGAGCCCAGAGGGGUCCAGGCUCU